GGAGAGCCGAGGCCAUGUCUGACGCGGAGGAGGUGGUGGAGGAGUUCGAAGAGGAGCAGGAAGAGCAAGAAGAGGCGGUGGAGGAGGAGGAUGAUGGUGGGGCUGAGGCUGAGCCUGAGGGUGAGGCUGAGACAGAGGAGACCAAAGCAGAAGAGGUUGAUCCAGAUGAAGAAGCCAGAGAUGCUGAAGAUGGUCCAACAGAGGAGUCCAAACCCAAGCCCAGCCGGCUCUUCAUGCCAAACUUGGUGCCGCCCAAGAUCCCGGAUGGAGAGAGAGUGGACUUCGACGACAUCCACAGGAAGCGCAUGGAGAAGGACUUGAAUGAGCUGCAGACGCUGAUCGAGGCUCACUUUGAGAACCGGAAGAAGGAGGAGGAGGAGCUGAUCUCUCUCAAAGACAGGAUCGAAAAGCGGCGGGCAGAGCGGGCAGAGCAACAGCGCAUCCGAAACGAGCGGGAGAAGGAGCGGCAGAACCGCCUGGCUGAAGAGCGGGCCCGGCGUGAGGAGGAGGAGAACAGGAGGAAGGCUGAGGACGAGGCACGCAAGAAGGCGGCUCUGUCCAGCAUGAUGCAUUUUGGAGGGUACAUCCAGAAGACAGAGCGCAAGAGUGGGAAGAGACAGACAGAGCGAGAGAAGAAGAAGAAGAUCCUGGCUGAGAGGAGGAAGGUGCUGGCCAUCGAUCAUCUGAACGAAGACCAGCUGAGGGAGAAGGCCAAGGAGCUUUGGCAGAGCAUUCACAACCUGGAGGCCGAGAAGUUCGACCUGCAGGAGAAGCUCAAGCAGCAGAAAUACGAAAUCAAUGUUCUGCGGAACAGGAUCAACGACAACCAGAAAGUCUCCAAAACUCGUGGGAAGGCCAAAGUCACCGGACGCUGGAAAUAGAGACAGGCUGCUCUCGCUGAAGCUCUGCUCCUUGCCAGUGUCCCUGCCCUGAGCAUCCCAGCUCUGGGUCCUCCUGGACACCCAACGCAGACUCCUGCCUGCAAAGUGGGAGCUGGGCUAGCUAGCAGCCAGUACUCUGCCUGAUCCCCGUUCCAAUACCACUCCAGUAAUAAAAGG